AUGGAUGAGUAUUCACGGCGCGAAUGGUCGCGCUUUGCUGUUGAGCAUCGUGGCAUUGGAACAUGUGUGGCAUCUGCCACGCGGGAUGCAGCAGGAGAUGAUCAACGACUCGCGUUUCGAAAAGGUGAGCUGGUGACCGUUCUGUGUUGUUUCACAGAGCCUGGCGAAACCACGCGUCCUGACCAUUGGUUUCUGGGCUCUUGUGGAUACUCGAUUGGAUUUUUCCAGCGAAAAGAUAUGGACGCAAUUCCCAAACUCCGAUCCGUAGGCACGGUUGAUGCGCGUCUCCCUCCUCAAGAACGCCUGCUUGCGCCGGCUGCCAAACUGAUGGGCUUUCUAGUGCCGCCGGACCGUGUGCUUGUACCUCUAGAGAAUGAAGAUAAUGUCCAGCACCCUCCAAGUGUGAACAUGAAUCAAGCUAUGGAUGGUGGUCAGGACAACAAAGCGGCAGUCAAACCCGAAACGCCUGAGCUUGUGCCUGACGCGUUGCUGUUCGCCUCUGCGUCAAAGAGUUCUGCUGAUGCGCGGAGUGCUGACGGUGAUGUGUUUGAUGAAUAUUCAAAAGAGGACUACGAGACUCUCAACUCAAUCUAUGAUGCCUACUUCCGCCCCACCACAUUCAUUGAAAGCGACAUGCAGUCGACGCCCACCAAAAACGUGCUACCCACUUCACCCGUGUCAACGUCAUCUUUAGGUGAUGAAUCCAUGACACAGCCGCGGCAGAUCGACCAAGUCUUGGAUGCAAUGUCAGACGAAAUGCCCAACCGACUACUAGGUAAAGACGACCAGGUCCAGAACAGCCCGUCUCGUUCGUCGAUGGAUAGCCACGGAACAAAAGGCUCGCCAGCAAGAAGUGCGACACAUCCACCAGUCGAUUUGAUGCAGCCUUUGCCCAUGACUCCAACACGUUCGCGACACACCGUCACCAAUAACAAUGGCUCGCCAAAUCGUAUGCCGCGUGGCCUAAGCCAGCAGCCAACCACAUCGUCACCAUUGCUACGGAGUGCCGUGUCAAUGAGUCCUUCCCAAUCAUCUGUCAGGAUAACGCCCUGCGUGUCGUCACCUUCGUCACUCACGAGUGCACGUCCCUCUACGUCUUCUGACGCACCCCUGCCACGACCCGCUCCGAAUGUGUAUGGCUCGCCUCGAUCCAAGCCAGCGUUGGAUCUGUCGGAACAUGCACUUCCUGGUAGAGCCCAGCUAUUCCAACAAUGGACCACAAUACUUACAGAUCGAUCUACCAUGUCAUCCAAAGCGCACAAAAAAGCUCUCCAACUCGUGCAUGUGGGUGUGCCGAAUCCUUUACGAGGUCGUGUGUGGCUCAUGCUUGCGGAGCGGCAUGUACAUCCGAAGCCAGGUGUAUUUGAGCGCUUGUGUCGCUCGAGUAUGGAGUCACAACAACAUCCUGACAGGUACUCAUUCUCGACACUGAUUGAGCAGGAUCUGAAUCAGUGCUUCCCCCUGACCCAGCCGUUUGAGGGGCUGAAUGGAUCAACUCGCGAUACGAUCCGCUCUAUCUUACAUGCAUAUGCUUACUACAAUCCGAGCGUCGGCUACACAGAGGGCAUGUGCCUUCUUGUUGGCCUUCUUCUCACACACUUGCACAUGGAAGAUGCGUUCUGGCUCCUGGAUGGCAUUGUACAAGGAUACGGCUUGGACCGCAUCUAUUCCGGCGACAUGCGUCGUCUGCGCGUUGACAAUCUGGUUAUUGACGAGCUCGUCCGCCUGGUCGAUCCGUCACUGCAUCAGCGUUUCCGCGAGUUGCACAUUGAGCCGAUCAUGUUCUUGCCAGGGUGGAUUUUGCCGAUCUUUGUACGCACAUUGCCAUGGGCAACGCUUCUACGCGUUUGGGAUUUGUUCUUGUGUUAUGGAUAUGUGUUUCUUUUGCGCACAACGGUAGCCAUUAUCUGCCCUGAGCCGAGACAGUAUCAUGCAUGUACCAAGCGGUGGCGAUAG